AUGAAGCAAGUCGUGAAUGCGUGGAGUGUCCUGCUGCUCUUUACCGGGGCUGUCGUCAGCCAUGGAAGAAAAAUUGUGCAGGACCACCACGCUGCGAUUGAGACAGACGCAGACAAGGAGUUUGGUACGGCCACGCUUCAGCGAUUUGAAGCGAAGGCCAUGCAGUUGCUGGCUCACCUCGAAAGCAAGAUCAACAGCGUCGAUACUCACCGUGUUGAGCAGGAUGCACCGCAGAUCGUCACCAUACCGCAAACUGCCACGCUUCCAGCACGCAACACAUCGCAUCCGAUGGAAAUGUUCGAAGGAUGCAAGGCUUCGAGCCCUGUGGAGGCUUUGCUGCGGCGAACCAGCCAAGUGCACGAGGAAGAAACCCAGGAGGCUGUCAAUGAGUCGACUUCGUUGGGUGCAAGGUGUGCACUGUACCAGAUGCCAAUGACGUACUAUCGUUGGGAUAGAUCCACUGCAAGCAGUAGCUGCUGUGACAGCCGCAGCAAGGACUGCAGCGGAUGUGAAAGGAUGGGAAGCGGCAAAUGCACCGUGCGCGAAUCCGCUUUUGUCAAGCUCAAGGGAGACGACAUGCACACCGCAUGCAUGGACAUCGUCUGGGUGAAUGGCAAAGGAAAGACGUGCCAGCAGUUGAGUUCUGCGGACUGCAACGACUUCCGAUUCCAAGGCACCAGCAGCCGAGAAGCCUGCUGCAAGUGCGGAGGCGGUGUCAAGACGGCUACAUCUUUCAAGUAUGACGACCAUGCGUACAUUCUUGGUGAGCACGUGUCCAUGUGGCCGCAGCCUCGCACGGCCACGCGCUACGGUCUCAACGAGAACUGCGAGUUUGCCAUGUACAACUUGACGUUGAACGGUGCGACUGGCGAGGUGAGCUUCAUCAAGGGCGCGGGGAAGCCAAAAGAACCUUUCAGAAUCAGCUGCAAGGUCACGGCCUUCCAGCCGCAUCACUUGUUCUUCACGGCCACCGUGACAGUGACGAUGGCUGAGCUGUCGUAUGGCCCUUCUCUACUGCUGUUCACGCCGAAGACGAAGAGCUACACCCUGCAGAAGUUUUCUCCACCCAAGAGCCACUGGAAGGACUUCCAGAUGAUGUGUGCGCCGGAUGCAAAGUGGGUGACGAUGGACAAAACGGGGGACUUGAAGCUCGCAGAGGCGAAAGAGACAGGUGCUGUGGACAGCGUCAAGGACGUCUACAAAGGCCAGACGGCGACGGUCUGCCAUGUCUUUGGGCUGCUGCGAAAGAGCCCUACUGCAGAGUGGGAGAAGAAAGCCGUCGAUUUUAUCCUCGUCAAGCCGAAGCCCGCGAAGAAGUUGUCCUACUCUACGAGCCUCAUCGCCAGCUCCAUUUCGCAAGUGGUGCCGCCGGUUCUUCCGGUGCCCUUCAAGGAAGGCGACAUGGCGCCGAAUGCGUACACAAUGCGCUGCGACAAGGCGGGCUUCACCUUCGACAGCAUCCAUGGCAUCGGGUUCUACGAUGGCCAUCCCCUGCUGGAGCUGCAGCCCAAUGGCCAGCUGAGCCUCAACAUCGGCCCAUCCUUUGUGCACAUCUUCGAUAGCAUGGGCAGCAGCAAGCACAACAGGAAGAUCGGCUUGCUGGACCUGAAGCUGAAAUGCCGCAUCUUCGGCUCCUUUGGGGAUGCAGAACUCGAGCCCAUCUCCGCGCGCAUGGACAUCGUGGUCUCGGAUUCUACUUGUUGGGUCCAGGAGAAGAUGCCAUAUCGAAAUAUCAGGCGUUGGCACGGCGUGAACAGCCAUGCCGAAUGCCAGAACACUUGCAGGAAUACGGCGAGCUGCUCUCACUACCGCUACAUUCGGCGCGGCGCUGGCAGUGCCAAUGCCUACUGCUACGACACCAAGCGAGACGAGACCAGAAGCACCGCCACCGUGUGGUCCAAAGUUCCAGAUUGCAAUCCCAUGAAUACCUGCGUCAAAGUGGAUGCACCGACCUGGCUGGAGCGAGGCAUUUACUGCCCCGUGGGCUACGACAUUGACCGUCAGAGCAUGACGUACCUCAAGGAUGGAAAGACUCCAAAGGAGACGAUCUAUCUGCGCCGGUACAAGGCUGGUGUUGACCGAACAGUGGAUGGCUGCAACAGCGGCGGAUGGUUGCUGCAAGAAAAGGACGCGAACGACUUCGUGAGCUUGUCUAAAGGAGUUUUCGAGUUCUCCGGACCUCUUGUCGGCUGCAAGGUGAAGGGGGUGAGCUACACCGGCCUUCCUUGCGAGCAGCCGGGAAACAUCACGGAGGAGGGAGCUGACAUGCAGCCGAUUAUCUUGGACGACCCGAACACAGAGGAUCCUGCCGACUUCUGGCUCCAUCCGUGCGAUUGUGCGAGCAAGAUGUGGGGCGACAAACCGCCAGUGGAUCCCCAGGUUUUCGCGCAGAUGCCGCCUGAGUCUCCUGACGAGUUUGUUCCGUCCCCAAUGCUGAUCGUGGAAGGACAGUUCGUCUGUCCCCCCGGCUACAUGCUCGGGGAUGGGCCCCUUUUCGAGAGCGACAUCGAGUCCAUGGAGGUCGGAGACUGUGAGAUUAGAUGCAAGAACAAUGACGACUGCCACUUCUUCUGGCACGGUUCGCAGCAUUCUGCGAACACCUGCCGGUUGUACUCGAGAUGUGACAAUCUUCUACGUGAGCCCGGUGUGGAGGGCGUGCUGAAAGCAGUGCCUCGUUCGCCCGUGUGCCUCGUGAACAACCCCGAGAUGUGCUGGACCAAAUCGAUGCGACGCUACGCUCUGACUAGUCAGCAGCCACCCGGCGAGUUCCAGUUCCUGUACUGGACUCUGCAUGCCCAAUGCGACUACAUGCUCUUGCUCGGAGGCUGGGGAGUCAGCGCGUGCACACGCCCGUCCCACCGCACCCUCAAAAGCCAUCGGUGGAAGCAUAAGAGGCUUUUGCCUGAAGAGUUCGCUCACGGCACGAGGCUGAAGGCCACAUGCUGGAACGAGCGCUACAAGGGGAUCCGCUUGGGGAUCCGUGGCGAUGAGGUGGCCACCUGCGUAAGCGGCAGCUGGUUCAGUUCGAGCAAUCUGCCCGGCUUCGGCGACUUUUCCUGCGUCGGCUGUGUGCAGGUCGGCACGAGUGGAUUCGGCGAUGUAGAAGCCAAGCGGCAGCAGGAGCUCUACUACUUCAACAAGCUUGCGCUGUCGAUACACAGUGAGGUCAAUCCUAUCGCCGAUGCAAAGGUGAAUUGCAUGGAGCCGGUACGCCCCAAGGCGGGUCAGGAGACCUCGCUUCCCAAGGACCUGAAGAAGGUGCACACUUUCGACCUCAAAGGGCACGACUUCACGAUCAUCAACGAUGUGAUUGGCGACCAAACGCUAUGGGCCAACAACGAGGCUUCGAAGAACAAGUAUACUUACCAGAGCUUGCCGGAGGCUUUGGCGGCUUGUGCCGCAGAUAGCGACUGCUGGUUUGUGUCGCGGUCCGAGGGAACGAAGGUGGGCCUCGCACUUCGACGGUUCGACUUGCGGAAAGGGAACACGGUCCGGUUCGUUGGUGCCAAGACCUGGGUGAAGUCCCUCGCAAAUCCUUGCAUCGGCAACUGUGCCGCCCUGCGGCCGGUGAAGUGUGGCCCUGGCGUCAGCGCCUGUGGCAGAUCCCUUGUCGAUGGCCGCAAGGCAGGAUCCUUGUGGGGAGUAUCUCCUCAUGCGCGCUCCCACCACUGCCACCAGAAGAAGUGGGUCCAGAUCGACCUCGGAUCAAUCAAGGCGUUUGAUCAGGUGAAGGUAUUUGGCUAUGCAGAUGGGCGCAGAUACUGUGGCCACUCUAUCCUGGUGUCCAACAACGAGAAAGACUGGAAACACGUGUAUGCGAACAACGGUUGGAAAGCGCGUGAGCAUGGCAAAGGUAACACCUUCAACCUUGGCUCGCAAGUCGGUCGUUAUGUGCGCGUGUAUGCCAGCAGGAGUACCUCCAAUAUUGGCAUCCACCUCCUCGAGGUUGAGAUCUACCGAGCGGCAGUGCAUCAGCCAAAGCUACCCGGGUCCCACUGGAUCACCGACCAGCACGUGAAAGAGCUGCGGGCCAAGGCCAGGAAGCCUUCGGUUCUCCAGGAUGGCUUGGUCAUGUACUACUACUACGGUCAGUCGCACUGCAAUGUCCCCGACCUCGGCAAACUGACACCCGAACACUACGUGAUUGUGCCGAAGGUGUCUGGGUUUCCCGGAAUCCGUCAACAUGAUCAUUUCUGCGUCAGGUGCAUUGGAUUCGUGAACAUCAGGAAAAGAGGCCAUUACUAUUUCUACACGUCCUCAGACGAUGGCUCCUUGCUGUACUUAAACGGGCAUCUGAUCGUCAACAACAACGGCUGUCAUGCAAACCAGCAGCGGGGGAGUACCCGGCGCUGGCUAGAAAAAGGAAGGCACCGCUUGGUGGCGGACAUGUGCGAAAACGCUUGGGGUCAGUACUUCGAGGUGAGAUAUAAAGGACCGGACUCUGGCAAUCGCGUGAUCGCGAUACCGCGAUCUGCCCUGAAGUAUGAGAAGGCUGCCACGGAGGUGGAGCUGAAGGACGGUGCGGAGUGUAAUUACUAUUACGGCCGGCACGAUUGCAACGUACCGAACCUUGACAAUCUGAACCCGUCCCAUAUCGUGACCGUGCCAGAGAUCUAUAUGAGCCAGAGCAAAUUCACUGAAAUCAAUCAGGCCGACAACUUUUGUGCCAGGUGCACUGCCCAGGUUGCCAUCACGAAAGAGGGGCACUACAAGUUCACGACUGCAUCGGAUGACGGCUCUCUCAUGUACCUGAACGGGCAGCAGAUCGUCGAUAACAACGGCUGCCAUCCCGAACAAGAGAGGACGAGCAGCAACCAGUGGCUCACGCCCGGCUACCACCUGGUGCAAGUGGACAUGUGCGAAAACAAAUAUGGUGAGGCGCUGAAGCUGCGAUAUCAGGGGCCUGACACCGGCAACCGCAAAGUCAAGGUUUCGAAGUCGGUCCUGAAGCACGAGAAGGCAGGAUUAGAGUGCAAAUACUUCUAUCACCGGCAUCACUGUUGGCUCCCAGAUCUCGGCCGCCUGCACGCUCAUCACACUGUUACCGUGCCGGACAUUUGGAUGGACCAUGGCAAGUUCCCUGCCCAUCGUCACCGCGACGCCUUCUGCAUGAGGUGCAGUGGCUACCUGGUCAUCAGGAGGGCGGGCCACUAUCGGUUUUCGACCUCCUCUGACGACGGCUCCUUCCUGUUCAUCAGCGGACACAAGGUCGUCGACAACAACGGCUGCCACGGCACACAGGAGCGCCAAAGCACCUGGAGAUGGCUCCACGCAGGAAAGCACAGGUUCACCGCCGACAUGUGUGAAAAGGGGGGUGGAGAGUCGUUCAAGGUGAUGUACCAGGGACCGGACACUGGCAACCGCAAGAUCAAGAUUCCGAAAGAGUCGCUGCUCAAACCUGGAACGGCCACCAACACCAAGUCGUUCCAGGCACUGGACACAGUGAUUGCAGACUUCCGACAGCACGGCACGCUGAAAAGCGGCAAAAUUGUCUUCAGCAAGCACUCAGAGAAGAUAACCUGCAAAAUCUUUUGCGAUGAUGUUCUGGUGCAUGAGGAGUACCACAAUCACAUCGGUCACAGAGACCGCGAGGUGAGCAUCCCAGAGAUCUGCAAGGGGGCCCGCAAAGUCAAGCUCCAAGGAGGUGCCGCUAACGGAGGAACUUGCGGCUUCAAGAGCAACAAGUUGGAGUUGUUCAAGUUCAUGCCGACAAGGACCCUGACGAAAAGUCAAGUGAGCACCAUCAAGGACAGGGCGGCCUCCUGCCGUGCUCGCUACUCGGCAAGCGGCCAAGUGACAAUCAAGUUGGACGAUUACGGGGAGAUUGCGCCUGGCAACAAGGUGAACUUUGGCCGCCAUGUUCGUUCCAAAUGCGAGGUCCACUGCAAUGGGAAGAAGCAGACGGUCUACAGCGGCCGACGGCGCCACAGGCAUCGGCAGACUUUCGAUGUCUCCAAAGGGUGCAUCGGUGCAACGACCAUGGUCCUUAAGGGUGGUGGGAAGUGCGGCGGUUGCCAGAUUGACAAAGGACACCUGAAGGUCUCUCCCUAUCCGACGCACCCCUCGGAGGUGAUGAUCCCGGCGAAGAAGAUCGUUGCCUGGUUCAAGAGUGAGGACGCAGGACCUACCUGGCGAAGCAGCGUCGGCAAGUUCACCGCAUCGGCUCGGCGACGGAAUGGAGUGGUCGCCUACAAAGCCCGCGGUUAUGGAGCCAAGACUCCUAUCCGCUACAUCCAAGGCCAUACCGGCCAUCAUUUCGACUUCGGGAGGGUUUUGCAGGAUCACUACACGGUUUGCUCCGUGACCCGCUACCUCUCUGCUGGCUCAACAGGGCGAAUCCUGACAGGCAGCAAAAGCAACUUCCUCCACGGGCAUCACGCAGCAGGGGUUGGCCUGGCCUAUGCAAAUGGCUGGCAGACUCCGACGGGCCUUCGCAAGAAGAGCACCAAGUGGCUCACAAUGUGUUCUUCCCCCGGUGCCAAGUACGUCUUCGUGGACGGUGUUGACGUUGGCACCCACAAGACAGAUUCUUAUGUGGACCAGCACCUCGAGAUCAACGGUCGCCUCUGGCCCAAGGAAAAAUCGGACUGGGCUGUCGCAGAGCUGAUCACCUGGAAUUAUAUCCUCACCAGGGAACAGAUGAAGGAGGCAUCCACGUAUCUAAUGAAGAAGUUGAUGGUGGGAGGUGAGAUGGAUGCGUGCAAGGUCAUCCUGAAGCAGCCGGAGCACUGGAGGGAUUGGCGGGGCAGCUACAACAAGCAGGUCCUGAAUCGUUUACGGUUGCACAAGUCGACGAAACGCGUUGACUUGGCCCUGGAUUCCACGUCUGGUUGGUGUUCUUCCUCGAACGGCGGACACCAGUGGGUGGAAAUCGACCUGCGAGCAACGGAGAAGGUAAUGGGCAUCAUCAUCCAAACCUUCCACAAGUCGGAUGACUAUGUCUUUGCUUUCAAAGUUCAGUACAAAGCAUCAGACAAAGGCAGCUGGAGAACGAUCCCGAACCGCUUCACGGGUAUGUCGCACAAGACUGAGGAUCACGUGCGAGCAUACUUCGCGGAGGCCGUGGAAGCCAGGUUUGUGCGUCUUACCAGCUUCUGGUGGCACAGGAACAUCUGUCUUCGAGCUGCAGUGAUGCUCUGCAAGACGCACUUGGAAAACGAGGUGAAUCUGCUCCAAGCAAAGACGUGUCCAACGAACUACAACAGCGAGUCCUGGAGUGAGUCGGAUUCGGGUAGCAGGCACCUGCGAAUCGGUGGCUCGCCGGAUUGCCUGCGCGUGACACAAACAAAGAAGCGGAUGGCCCUUCUUUCCGCAACUUGUGACGGGGACGAUGUCCACCAGAUGAUCCCUUCGUCGGAUAUCGGCUACCUUUUCACGAUGCUCCAUCGGAACAGCUGGCUCCAGGACAAUGUGCUUCUGCCGGGCAUCAAAGCGGAGUACUUCUACAACCUGAAAGCGGACCAUUGCGUGAUUCCAGAUCUCAUGUGGCGUGCACCUGACAAGGUGGAAGUUUUACCGAAGCUAGACUUCUGGAAGAAGACCAGCUGGUCAGGCCUCAAGCACAACGACAAGUUCUCGGCCAGGAUGAGUGGUGUGCUAAUGAUCAAUGAGCCAGGUUGGUACGAAUUCUGGCUCUGGGCGGACGACUCUUCCCGCAUCUUCCUAAAUCACAGAGAGAUCGGGAGCCUCGGCGGCUGCGGUGCCACGCGCCACAGGUACGUCAAGCGGAAGCUGACCAUGGGGAGCUGGCCAGUUGAGGUCCAGUUCUACGAAUCCGUGGGGGAGGCUUCCCUGCGCUUGGAGUACCGAGGGCCGGACACGCACAAGAAGAAGAGGAUUGUGCCGGGGACUGCUUUCGCCCACAUGGCGGAUAAGACGCAGUGGAUGCCGACCUCUGCAAUUGCACGCGGCUGUAUUGGAAACACUGCCCUGGGCUCCUUGCAACCGGACAUGUUCCUCGUCAGCGACUUGGCCAAAGGAGUUCCAGUGGACUGCCGCUUCGUGCCCCUGCUCUCGAAGGAGCUACCUGUUCAGAUUGCGACGACACGCUCUUUCAAGGACAACAGCUGGCCUCUGUGGUGGGAGGAUCUCGAGAGCUGGGAGAUGGCUUGUCCUGAAGGUAAGGUGCUCCAGUCCUUGGACAUGCUGAAUGUGAAUAACAAGCUUCAGGUCAAGUACACCUGCGCCACAGCAUCGGGUCUCGGACAGUGCUACCCAAGUUGGACGGACCAGCAAGAUGCGCACGAAUUCAAGGAUUCUGUCCUGUCGAAGAGCAUCUUGAAGCGCUUGCACAUCGUCUGCCCACAGCACGACCUGCUGAGUGCCGUCCACUUCGAAUACUCCGAAGGAGGCUUGUGGGCGCGCUUCAAGUACGUGUGCUGCAAAGAAGCAGGUGCUCCAGUCGCCAUGGUGUCAAAAGGACCGGACCAUGCCCGAGUGAAUCGCCUUGAGGGCACUUACUGCCCGGAGAAGGUUGGUUCCUCUGGCCGCUUGGACUACAUCCAGAAAGCGUGGGGUAGCUGGCAGACCAAGAAGCUCGCGAAGUUGACUUUCAGCGAGGUCUCGGGCAAGUGGUGCAUUGGAAGUGAUUGUUCGAGCCCGGGCGACAACGUGGAGCCGAUGGGCUUGCAGCUCGGCGGCUUCGAUGCCACAGACGUCAGCGACUUCGACGGGAAGUUCGAGGCGAAGGGCGUGAAGCCCAACACUGGAGGCCUCCUGGGCCAAUCGCCGGUGCCCAAGCUGAAGCCUCCACCACCUCCCAGGCGGCCGAAGGCUCCCAAAAAGCCCAAACUGGAGACCUUCGAGCCGGAGAUGCCCAAGUACUCGGACAAGUGCGUCGGGUACGGAGACUUGUGGAAGAAGGUCCAGGAGACGACCGUGAAUGAGGCCGGAGAGGAGGAGUCCAAUGCAGAGGAGCUGGAAACCGAAGAGGAAUCACAAAGCGGAUACAAAGCUAUGCAUCCUUGCGACCUGGCGGCUGCCUACGGCGGGGUCCGGAGCAAGUGGGGCGGAGGCGAUGGCAAAGCAAUCCCGAAGCCAAUGCCCUACAACGAGCUGAUGGGUUGCCUGGACCGAGAUGGCGCCGUGUCCUUUAAGGGCCAGGAGAUCAUCCGGCAUCUGGGCUUCAUCAUCGAAGGCAUGAACCUUCCUGCAGCCAUUGCCUCGACGACGUGCACCUUGGCGCCGGAGAUCCUCACAGCUCCAAUGGGCUUCGGAGCAAGCGCCGACUUGGCCGAUAUUUGCAAGGGCAUCGUCCACUCAGUGACUGCGGGCGUCAAGCUUCUCAAGUACGCAGGAUCGGAGAUCCUCCGGAGCCAAAUCAAUAAAGCUGCCGCGGCAGACUGCGCCGCCACCCAGGCGAAUUUCGCGCGAAUGUUCUGUGAUGUUCAUUGCGUCCGGGAUGCGGUGAUCCGAGGUGACAGGACCAUCCUCCGCAAUCUGAAGAAAGCCACAGACAUCACUAAUGGCAACGCUGAGAAGCUGGCUGAGUGGAUUGUCAAAACCCAGCAGCUUGACGUCUCUUGGCUGGCGGAGAAGAUUGACCACCAAUCCGUGGUGCAGAGCUUAGAGUCCAACAAGCAGUUCACCAACAUCAAAGAGCUGCUCAACGGUGGAGACAAGAAGGAGUUGUUCCUUGCGAUCAAGCAACAGACAAUCAAGCUGCAAUCGGAGCUCCGCGGCUAUGUCGAUGGAGCAUCCUUUGGCAAGGCAUCGCUACUUGCAGCCAGCGAUGCCCUGGAGAAGUUCAACGGCAACAGCAAGUCCGUCCUCCAAGAUGGCAACAGCACCGAGCAAGUCUUCGGGGCCUUCGACAGCUUGGUGUCCCUGAGAGCCAAACUUCGGACCGCCUCAGAUCAACGCAGCAGGGUGGACCACAUCGCAAUGUCCGUGACGCAAGGCGCCCGUCAGAUGCAAGAGCAGCUGAAGCUGCAGCGCGCGACGCUGGGUAUCUACAGGGAGAAUGGGAACCGCACGCUUCAGGCAGCACGUCAGAGGUCCAGCUUGGCCACCUCUGAGCGCCACGCGAUGGUUCUGGACCUGGAUCGCAUUUGGUGGAAAAUCCGUGGAGCUGUGGAUUCCUAUGUCGAUGAGGCAGAGAACGAAAUCAACAGUUUCGAGUCCGGAUCACAAGCAAUGGCGAACUACCAGCAAUGCUCCAUGGACUUCGCCAGCCUCCUUUCCGUCUACAGGCACACCAUGGCGGUCACCGACACCUCCCACAGGGCCCUCAAGAAGACUUGGCGGCUGUGUUCGAAUCUCAUUGGCGAGUUGGCAUCCCACUUGGAUGACGGCGAGGCGUUCGUCACCUUCCUCCAGCAGGAAGGCUGUGCGUCCCCUUUGGCCUUCCAGACCCUGGAGCAGGUUCGUGACGUCAUGGGCAGCUUGAGGAUGCUUUACCAUCGCUUCGCCGUAUCGGGCCUGGCUUCACCAGAACUCAGCUUCGUGGAGUCCACGGUAGAUCGGAUCAAGAAGACCUGGUCAAGUGCACAAGCAGUUGUUUGCAAUCGGACCGCACAGCUUCCGAUUUGGUACUUCAUGCCUGUGGACACGGAGAAAGCCCUCGAGCAGCUGGAAGUGAUGCGGCCGUAG